GAUUGAAAAAUCACUCAUGGCCAUUGUAGAUCAAAAAAUACAAAUUCAUCGUUUAUUGCAAGAAAUGGGAAGAAACAUUGUUCGGGGUAAAUUCCCUUGUGAGCCAGAAAAGUGGAGUAGAUUAUGGGAUUUUGAUGAUAUUUUUAGAGUUAUGCAAAAUGACACCGCUACUUUUAAUGUUGAAGCAAUAGUCUUGGAGCUGGAAGAUUCACAAGGGACUACGUUGAGGGUCGAAGGUUUAUCACGCAUGAACAAGCUUAGAAUACUCAUAUUUCGUAAUGUUAAAUUUUCUGGAGUCCUAAAACAUCUUUCGAACUCUCUCCAAUAUAUUUCAUGGCACCAAUAUCCUUUCACUUCUUUGCCGUCAAGCUUUAAACCACCUCAUCUUGGAGAAUUGAUUUUGCCUGAUAGCUGCAUAACAAGCUUAUGGGAUGAAGAAAAGGUAUAUGAUAAUUGCAUCACAAGUAAAUGGAAACCACUUGCUUAUGAGCAAUAA